CCCGCCGCCCCCGCCGCCCCCGCCAGCGCCCGGGCGGGCCCCGUGCGCCCCGGGCGCGGCUCCGCAGUGAGCCCCCCAGGAAGCGGCCACAGAGGCACCACCAUGGGGCUUAAGCUGUCCUGCCUGAAAGGCUUGAAAAUGUGUGGCAGCAGCAGCGGCAGCAACCAUGACGAGGCCCCCGUCCUGAGCGACAAGCACCUGGAUGUGCCCAACAUCAUCAUCACCCCCCCGACCCCCACGGGCAUGAUGCUGCCACGGGACUCCAGGCAGACAGUCUGGCUGGAUGAGACAGGGUCGUGCCCAGAGGAUGGAGAAAUAGACCCUGAGGCCUGAGGAGGAGGCACAGGUCGGAGAUUGUCUUCACUGGCUCCUGCUCCAGCCACCCCCAACUCCACAUGUCUCUGGGGGUGUGGCUGCCUGGGACAGCUGUGCUGAGGUCGCUGGAUGCUGGCCGGGAAAACAAAGGAUUCUGGGAGCCGACCAGUUGCAAUGUGGCAAGAAGAGCAAGGAAUCAGCCCUGCCUGCUUCCAGAGCCAUGUUUCCCAGGCCCCACCGAGUGGGGACUCCUAACGCCCACACAUUCACGGUGACGGCCACUGGGGUGGCAGGGAGAGGCUCUCUUCUGGACAAACGAACCCUCCCUGCACCCUGGGCUACACAGACGGGUACGCAGGAGGGGGACACACACAAGAACUUCUUGCAGAGGAGUGGCUCUGUUUUUUACGAGUUGUUUUACAGAUAUCAAAACAGUCCACAAAGUGAUUUAUAAUUCCUUUUUUGCAUUAUCAAUAAAGGUCAUCUGUAAUGAA